AUGCUCAACGUCAAGCUCGUCAUUGUAGGAGCGUCUGGCGUCGGAAAGACGUCCUUGCGGACGAAGUAUACGAGCGGACGCUUCUCUACAAACUAUCGGGCGACUAUUGGUGCAGACUUUUUGACGAAAACUAUCCCACAUCCUUCGAUACCGGACGAGACCGUGCAGUUGCAAAUCUGGGACACAGCAGGCCAAGGUCAGUAUAUUAGGUCUCGAGCAUAUACAAGUAUCGACGCCAGUGAAGAACGAUUCUCCGGCCUGUCCUCUGCCUUUUUCCGAGGAGCCGAUGCCGUGAUUCUCGUCUACGACGUGACGGAUCCACUGUCGCUAGACUCACUCACCAGAUGGUGGAACGAGUUCAAGAUGCGUUGCCCAAUUGAGGAGGGGGCUGAAGCAGACUUUCCGGUCGCUGUCGUGGGGAACAAAAUGGAUCUCAUUGAGGGCAGGCAAACUGGAACGUGGAAAAAGAAACACCAGCGUGUCGGGAGUGGUAAUAGCAUGCAAGAUGACCGAAUCGUCACCGAAGAGGAGGCCCAGGAGUAUCUACGAAACUUGGUUCCCCUGCCAAAUGGCUCCGUGGCUCCUCAAGCCGAACCAGGGUGGAACUCAGCAACCCCAUCACCUAUACCUGAACGUUCGCGUCUGAAACAAGUUAGCACGCGGGAAAGUGCAGACUCGCGAGGGACCUCUCGCUCACGUAUGGCAUACGGCAAUGGAACGAUGAACUCGACCGCGAUGUCGAUAUACCAUACGGCAUCUUCAUCACUAAUCGACUCUGGGCCUCCGACACCAUCCGGACGAGGGAGGGACACCAAUAUUCUCAACGGCGCAGUCUUCUGGGAUCCAGAAGUGGAGCAAGCCAUUGCAGAAAAUGCGGCCGGAGUGGUAGGAGAGGGUGAGAUCGCACUGGAUUCUGGCUACAAAAGUGUUAGUCCAGCUGGGACGCCGAACCUUGAUGGCUCAUCAACGCCAUCCAAGCAAACAUCCAGUCAGCACUUGGAUGUUCCUGGCGAACAUGCUACCACAACGAGACAGAGAGUCGUCUCGUCCAACUCCGACUCUUCGUUGCAAACAAUUACACCGGCAAGAAUGAACUCGUCAAACGAGAUUAAGAGAGACCUCUCGACUCCUGCGCAGCUCGAUGCCGCGUCCAAAAAGCUGGCCGCUUCCAAACCGCCACCCGGUCCAGCUCUGUUCUUCACCUCGGCGAAGACGGGAGAAAACCUCGUAGACGUGUUCAAUUACAUUGGAGAGCGCGUUGUGAGAAAGUGGGAGUGGGAGGAGAGCCAACUUCACAUGCUAGAGAGUGGAGGAGCUCCCGGGACGACCGGUAACGGCGACAGUCGUAUCAUUCUUCGUGGUCUGCAAGACGGAGACUCAACCCGAAGCAAAUCAAAAGAUUGGAGCUGCUGUUAA